AUGCAGGGGAGGACCUGGGGGCUGCGUCUGCUGCUCCUGCUGGGGUCGGGGCUGGGGUCCCAGGAGGCCCUGCCCCCACCCUGUGAAAGCCAGAUUUACUGCCAUGGGGAGCUUCUGCACCAAGUUCAGAUGGCCAAACUCUACCAGGAUGAUAAGCAGUUUGUGGACAUGCCUCUGUCCUUAGCUCCAGACCAAGUCCUGAGGCGCUUCCGCGAGCUGGCCCAGGCCCAUAACCUCAGCAUCCCCUGGCAGGAGCUGCAAGUGUUCAUUCAAGAACACUUCCGGGCUGUGGGGCAGGAGCUGCAGCCCUGGACGCCUGGGGACUGGAGAGACAGGUACAACCCUGGACGUGCAACAGGAGAGGGGCCUUUGCUCAGGGCUGCCCCCCUCAACCCUGUGGGGGUCUUCCAGCCCCCAGUUUCUGCAGAAGAUAUUGAACCCCAAGCUGUGAGCCUGGGCAGGGCAGCUGCACCAACUCUGGAAGAAGCUGGGAAAGAAGGUACCAGUGCCCUGAGCCUGGCAGAGGGAGAAGGAGGUGGGGAAGGGGUGAAGCCAGAGGUCCUCAUCCACCCCAAGCAGUUCUCGCUGAUCUACUCAAGAUACCCCUUCAUUGUGCCCAGUGGGCGCUUUGUGGAGUUCUACUACUGGGACUCCUACUGGAUGAUGGAGGGUCUGCUCCUCUCUGAGAUGCCCGAGACGGUGAAGGGCAUGCUGCAGAACUUCCUGGACCUGGUGCAGACGUAUGGACACAUCCCCAAUGGGGCCCGAGUGUACUACCUGCAAUGGAGCCAGCCCCCUCUCCUGACCCUCAUGACGGACCGCUACGUGGCCCACACCAAUGACACCGCCUUCCUACGCAAGCUGGUGCCGGUUGACCUCAACGCCUUCCUGUGCCAGGCGGAGGGGCUCAUGAGCAACUUCUACUCCAGACUGGGUGCGCGGAAUGACUCUGAAGCUGCGAAGUACAGAAAUCUGCGGGCCCAGCGCAUGGCUGCCCUGAAGGAUGUCCUGUGGGAUGAGGGCAAAGGGGCCUGGUUUGACUAUGACCUUGAGAACGAUAAGAAGAAACUGGAGUUUUACCCAUCCAACUUUGCUCCUCUCUGGGCUGGCUGCUUCUCUGACUCGGACGAUGUAGAUAAAGCUCUGAAAUACCUGGAGGACAGCCGGAUCCUCACCUGCCAGUAUGGAAUCCCGACCUCUCUCCAGAAGACAGGCCAGCAAUGGGACUUCCCCAAUGCCUGGGCCCCCCUGCAGGACCUGGUCAUCAGAGGUCUGGCCAAGUCUCCUUCAGCCAAAGCCCAGGAAGUAGCUUUCCAGCUGGCCCAGAAUUGGAUCCAAACCAACUUUGAUGUCUACUCCAAAAAGUCAGCCAUGUAUGAGAAGUAUGACAUCAGCAACGGUGGACAGCCAAGUGGUGGAGGGGAGUAUGAAGUUCAGGAGGGGUUUGGCUGGACCAGUGGCGUGGCCCUGAUGCUGCUGGACCGCUAUGGGGACCGGCUGAGCUCGGGGGCGCAGACCGCUUUCCUGGAGCCCCACUGCCUCGCAGCCGCCCUCCUGCUCAGCCUCCUGCCACAGCGACAGGCCUCCAGAUCCCCAUCUGGCCCCAGCUGCUGCUGA